CAGGUGGUGACGUCACGGGGAGCGCGCUGCGCGGCCCCGCGGUGCUAAAUAUGGAGCUGUCCGCUGUCGGGGAGCGAGUGUUUGCGGCCGAAUCCCUUCUCAAAAGACGCAUCCGUAAGGGUCGAAUGGAGUAUUUGGUGAAAUGGAAAGGCUGGUCUCAGAAGUACAGCACAUGGGAACCCGAGGAAAAUAUCUUGGAUGCGAGAUUAGUGGCAGCUUUCGAGGACCGGGAACGAGAGCGAGAACUGUAUGGGCCGAAGAAGAGGGGUCCCAAGCCGAAGACGUUCCUCCUUAAGGCCCAGGCCAAAGCAAACGCAAAGACCUAUGAAUUCCGUAGCGAGUCUACACGAGGCUUAAGAGUCCCAUAUCCAGGGCAUCCGCCUCAAGAAGUACAGUCUAGGUCCAGGGAAGGGUUAAGGAGCAUUCCUACCUCGUCCCAGGAGAGUAGCCAAACUGAAGUCAACCUCUUUAAUGAAAGGUUGGGAAGCUCGGAUAUCAGAGAACAUUAUCCCCUAAAGAUUAAAAAGAAAAAAAAAUGCCACCACGCGAAACUCCUUCACAAGGCCAACGUGCAGAGAGUGUCACCCGCCAACCAUACAGGUCCCACGGAACAGGUGAUGAAUUCUGCCAAAGCGGAUGAUUCUGGACCGCUAGACUACCAUUCCGCGCAUGGCGUCAUACAGAUUGCAAGGCGGCAGCACUCCGAUUUGGGAUCUUCAAGUCAGAUCGAACACUGUUUCAUAUCUAAAGACCACGGACUGGUGCAAAGCACACAACAUGGACACGGGAAGUCAAGUACUGACUCCUCUUUACAUAGGACGAAGAACAAGGGCGACCUCUAUAAAGAUGCCGCUAUGCCUAGAACUAAGAUCAGCUCUGAACGCCGGGACCAGGUGUCUGACUUCUACAGUGAAGCACUCUUAACACAUGGGAGGAAGCCUUCUCUUAUUGCCCGUAUCCCUGUUGCCAGGAUUUUUGGAGAGCCAGAAGAAGAACCGUGGAGGCCCCCAGUGGACAACUUGGAGAAAGUAGUAGUGACAGACGUGACUUCUAAUUUUCUGACUGUGACUAUAAAAGAAAGCAACACAGACCAAGGCUUUUUUAAGGACAAACGAUAAGUGUUUGUAUAUAAUGUCUGUCAAUUCCGUAAUUUCCCAUUCACGUUUUAUGUUUUGGGGAUAAAAAAAAGUAAAAAAAAAAAUGAUAUAUAAUAUAUAUAUAUUUAGUUCUAAUCGAUACUGCACCCACUAAAAAUCUGGGUCCGGUAUCCUUGUGUGCCAGAGCACACUUUGGGGGAUAUUUAUCAUAGAUCAGCGUUUUACACCUCUCUAUGAUAUCCCUGGGCGCUGCUGGAGGAUGCGCCUAAUUUAUGACAAGGCACACACGUCGUCAGAAAUUAGGCGCAGCCCCAGAAGUCCAUGCACCUAAACUGAAAUCUACACCAGCUCCUACCUAGGGUCAAUUUCAGUCAUCUACGCCAGAAAACUGGGGUAAAAGAAAGAUGAAUACGGUACGAUGGGGCCGCUAACCAUGCCUUGGCCACUCCCUCAUUUCAGGAAACUGUCAUGGGUGGAGAAACACCGCUUGCACAAAAAAUGUUUGCGCAAAUGGUGUUUAAAGAGUCGCCAGCACAGUGUUUGCGACUUUUUUACGCCAGAAAAUUGGCGUGGGGGAAUGAUAAAUUCUCCCUUUUUGUCUGCAAUUAUUUGUGUGGGUUUUUUUUUUUUUCUUUAAACUUGCAGCUACUCAAUUACCCACCUGAACCCUUUGCCAAGGUGAGGGCACCACAUACAACCCCUUUUUAUAUAACUUAGUUAUCUAGAUGCUCUCCGUGGUUUCCAGCUUGGGGGGGAAAUAGAAACUUUUCCUUACUUUGAGAGAUUCCCCCCCCCCCAAUACAACAGAAUCCUAAUUGUUAAGAUCCAUAAUCCUCCAGUGUUGAAGAAGCACUCCAGCAAAAUGUGUAGUGCAGCAAGGCUGUCAUUAAAGAGUCAUGAAGAGGCUCCUGUGUAUGACUUAGGGUUCAUGCACACGACUGUGUUUUGGGUCCGAUCCACAUUUUUUGCAGAUCACACUUGGACCCAUUCAUUUCUAUGGGGCUGCAAAUAAUGCGGACAGUACCCAGAUGUCAUCCGUGGGCUGUCCACAUCCGUGUGUCCGUUCCACAAAUUAUAGAACCGUUCCUAUUCAUGUCCGUUUUGCAGCCAAACAGGCAGUUCUGUUAGGAAAAUGCGGCAUGCACACGUCCGUAGCUGUAUUUUGCAGAUCCACCUUAUGUAAACUUGUUUUAGUUGAGGUGCCAUCUUGGCUCCUUCUUCCCCUCUGAUAUGGUUUCCUUAAUGCAUAUUACAUUUCUCAUUAUGCCCCUGGCUGUUCAGAGACAUAGGGGUCUGAGUAUUGCCACAAUUGCUCUGCUUCAAGUCCUUUCUUACGGGCCAUUUGCACGUCCGAUGUUCUGGGUCCGCAUCCGUUUCGCAAUUUUGUGGACCUUUCAUUUCAUCUGUAGUUCUGUUCCACA